UCGCGUGUCGAGCUGUGCAGACGUGUCGAAGCGUAGUUCGCCGCUGUUCGUGUUUGCGUGUGUGUGUAAAAGGAGGCGACAAAAGCAGAGGCAACCAAUCGGGCAAUCAAGUGAAAUCAACGACAGGUCGAUUUAAUCGCUAUACAAUAUUUGCUGUAUGUUGUUGUGUGAAAAGUGUGAAAAUAAAAUAUAAAAGAAGCGAAAUGUAAAAUAAAUGGGGGCAAACGACCAAAGAUAGUCGCAAAUUAUUGCGCAUGUUUUCUAAAUCAAAACCCAAAGCUAGCGGCAACACAAAAAGCAAAAGAAAAAGUGACAAAACGAACUAAAAAUAAGUACAAGCCAAAACUAAAGCCAAAUCCAAUAUAAGGUGUGUAAAGGUCAAGUGGCUUGGAACUGAAGCGAAGCGACGAGUGAGUUGGAGUCACAAUUAUGACACACUGGAUGCCACAGCAAAUUUGCUGGCUCAUUGCGGCACUUGCGGUUGCGAGUCUAACAGCACUGAGCGAAGCGCUGCCCUUUUUGUAUACAAAUGCACGCGCGCCCAUAAACUGGACGCAGCCGGAGCUGGCCGAGUGGCGCAUUGAGGCGCAGCCGCGCAGCAUUACGCCGCUCAUAGAGCUGCGGCGACAUGUGAAUCGCACCAACAAUGCGCCCGCUGAUAGCGAUGCGGAGUUCCUGGAGCGACUGCAGGCGCUUAAGCAAAAUCGCAGCUCGGCGCGCAUGCUUUGGUAUGACGCCGCUGUGGGCGAUGGACUCACCUAUCCGCCAUUUGUAGACAAAGCGCUCAAGCUGUUUAACCUAAAGCAAGUGGCCUUUGAGAUUGAGAACAGCGUCAUGUCCAAGGUGAGCUGCACUGCGUGCAAAGCGGGCGCCGGAUUGCUGCAGCACUACAUCAAGUCGGGCAAGACGGAAGCGGAGCUAAUGAAAAUGAUUGCGCAGUAUUGCACCAAUCUGAGCAUACAAAGUCCGCGUGUUUGCGAGGGCGUGGCGCAGCUUUUCGGCAGCGAAGUCAUCUAUGUGCUGCAGCGCGUCAAUUUGGGUCCGGAUGAGCUCUGCAGCUUUAUCAUUGGCGAUGGCUGCGGCGAUGUUUACAAUCCCUAUCACGAAUGGGAGGUUGUGUUUCCACCCGUGCCCAAGCCGCCGCGUCUAGCGGAGCUGCCCAUGCCGCUGGAGGGUGCGCCGUUCUUCAAGGUGCUGCACAUCUCGGACACGCACUACGAUCCGCAUUAUGUCGAAGGCGCCAAUGCGGACUGCAAUGAGCCGCUCUGCUGUCGCCUGAGCAGCGGUCGUCCCGCCAAUCCCAACGCCGCCGCCGGCAAAUGGGGCGACUAUCGCAAAUGUGAUACGCCCAAGCGCACAGUGGACAACAUGCUGGCGCACAUAGCUGAGACGCAUAAGGACAUCGACUAUAUACUGUGGACUGGCGAUUUGCCGCCGCACGAUGUUUGGAAUCAAACCAAGCAGGAGAAUCUGGAGAUUAUCAAGGAGACGGUCAAGCAAAUGACCGAAAUGUUUCCCGGUGUGCCCAUUUUUCCAGCGCUGGGCAAUCAUGAGAGCGCGCCAGUCAACAGUUUCCCGCCGCCCUAUGUCAAUCAGGUGGACAUAUCCAUUAACUGGCUCUACGAUGAGCUCGAUGUGCAGUGGCGUCGCUGGCUGCCCCAAUCCGUUUCCCAUACUGUGCGUCGUGGCGCCUUCUACUCGGUGCUAGUGCGUCCGGGUUUCCGCAUCAUUUCCCUAAACAUGAACUACUGUAAUAAUAAAAACUGGUGGCUGCUGCUCAACUCCACAGAUCCGGCGACAGAGCUGCAAUGGUUCAUCUAUGAGCUGCAAAGUGCCGAGUUCAGCAAUGAAAAAGUCCAUGUCAUUGGCCACAUACCGCCUGGACACUCGGAUUGCUUGAAGGUCUGGUCACGCAACUUCUACAAGAUCAUCUCACGCUAUGAGAGCACGAUCACUGCUCAGUUCUAUGGCCACACGCACUUUGAUGAGUUCGAAAUGUUCUACGAUCCGCAUGAUCUAACUCAUGCAAAUAGCAUCGCCUACAUUGGACCUUCAGUAUCGCCCUACUAUGAUCUAAAUCCAGGCUAUCGCAUUUACUAUGUCGAUGGUGAUCAUGACAUGACCACACGCUUGGUGAUUGAUCACGAAUCCUGGAUAAUGAAUCUGAAGGAGGCAAAUCUUUAUGGCUAUCCCAUAUGGUAUAAGCUAUAUACAGCACGCGCUGCUUAUAAUAUGAAGGCGCUGCGUCCCAACGAUUGGGACAAGCUGCUCAAUGAGCUAACAGACAAUCAGGAGCUGUUUGAGAUGUAUUAUAAAAAUUACUGGAAGAACUCACCGGCGCGUCCCACUUGCGAUGCGGAGUGCAAGAAGCGAAUGCUGUGCGAUUGCAAGAGCGGCCGCUCGCAUGAUCGUCGCCACUUUUGCGCUGAUGUGGAGUCCAAGAUCGAUGAGGGCUCCUCGAAGUCCUGGAAGUCUUGGUUCUAUCGCGGCCUUACCAAUUCCUAUAGCCUGAUUUCAUCUAUAACCUAUCUGCCCAAAUAUCUGCUGGGCUAUGGCUGAACCCGGAACAUUCAAUCGCCACUCACCAAGUCAGCUGCAAAUAAAAUGCGCAACGCGAAUCAGUGCAAAUUUCAAAACGCCUAAACAAAUAAGUUUACUAUGUGAUAAUUAGUGCUUAAACUAAGUUAACUGUAUUUACUUUAGUUACGUCACAAUUGCCUGCCCGCCCUCCCUGCUACUUAACACAGCUCAAUACACACAGUCCCAGCCCUCAGCAUCAGCAAAACUGAGUCAAUGAACAAUAGUCAUUAAAUUAGUCGUAUCGUUGUCAUUGUUGUUGUCACUUUUAUACAAGUGAGCGGCAACUUAACUUGCAACCGUAUCUGAACAAAUUGUUGAACAAAUUAAUUUUAACUAGGCUUUAAAUUAAAUAAAAAGUGCAAUUAAAC